AUGUCAAAAGGCUGAUAGAAUAUGAGAAUGAUACUUGUUUUGUUGGUUUAAGGCUUUACAAGAUAAGCCAUUAUAAAAGAAAAACCCUCACUGGCUUCACAUACGCAUAAUAUCCAGUAAAAAAGAGAACUAAAUUCCAAAUCAAUUGUUCGUUUAUCCAAUCUUUUGUCCUCUCCAAGAACUUUGCAGAUAUAUAAGGAACUAAAAGGCUGAUUUUGAGAAGAAAACUAAAUUCCAAAAAUGAACCUCUCAACAAUUGGAACAAGGUCUCAUUCUCAUAGUCAUCAUCGUACCCAUUCUGUUAGCUUUCCUGCUAGAUCACAUCCUAGCUCAAUCAAGAUUGAACAAGUCCUUAACAAGAUAAAAACUUUGGAAUCAUCAUUUUCUUCUCCAAAAGCAGCAGAAGAAAUAACCCACAAUGCUAUUUUUGGCCUUGUCGAAUUGUACAAGUGCAUAAAGGAAUUUCUCGUGUUGCCAAUGACACAACGGGCUCUUCUUCAAGAUCAAGACGAUAAUUUGGUGAUGGAGUCGUUGGAACUAUCUGUUAGAUUCAUAGAUAUCUGCAAAAGCCUACUAAAUAAAUGGUUGUUGGUUUCAAAGCUUGUGCACAAAGGGAUAUUAGCGAGUGAAAUGCAGAGAAAAAAGCUGAGCGAAUUGGAAAAUGUGGAUAUUUCCCUGAAUAACUUGCUGCUCCAUAAGGAAGGGGAAGCAGAAAACAUCGAAUUUGCACAAAGAAAUUUGGAGACUCUGGAUUCAAGCCUGGUAGAUUGUGAAAAUGGAUUGGAGCAGUUGUUCAGACUUUUGAUCCGCACUAGGGUUUCUCUUCUCAACAUACUUUCUCAUUAGUCAGUACAGAAUUAAUAGUGCAGGUCUUGUGCAUGGAUAUGCAGCUCAAGAUGUUUGGAUUAUUGCAGCUGUGAUGUAUAGAUACACUUCUAACGAGUCAUUUCUAUUAAAAGUGAAUUCAUAAUCUAGAG